AUGUCUCAGUUGACACCAGAAGAUGAGCUGGAGCUGCAGUCUCUCCUCAAAAAGCUCCUCCAGAGCAUCAAUGAUAGGAUUUCCAACGCACCAUCAACUGAGUGCGCCGAAGAAGUCCUUCUGCAUCUUGAGGAAACAGAUAAAAACUUCCAUAAUUAUGAGUUUGUCAAGUACCUUCGUCAGUAUAUGGAGACUUCACUGGGGUCUGUAGUGGAGGAGGAGAUCAAGAGCUUAACCAAAGGAGAUGGACAGCAUGCUGUUGGAUCUGGUCCUGACACAGUGGUCCACUCUGUCACGCAAAAAACAAGGGCAUCAGUGGAGUACCAGCAAAUGAUGCAAGGCUUGAAGAACACCAUGGCUCUGGUGGUGGAGUCUUUAAUCAGCAAGUUUGAGGAGGAUCAACUGCGAAAAGAGGAGCUGCACAGAGAGGCACAGCUCAGUCAGUCAAACACUCAGGACGACUGCUCUGACAGUGACUCCUCCUUCAACCAGAGUUAUGCAUUUAUCCGACAAGAACAGCUGCAAGUAUUGAAUGAAAACCUUGAUUCAAGUAAACCCAAAGAGGUGCGAUGGGAGGCUCUUCUGGCUCUCUGCUCUGCUCCGCCCUCUGACGUCCUGAGCUGUGAGAGCUGGAGCAGUCUGCGCACAAACUUGUGUACAGCUCUGAAUGAGCCAGACCUCAGUGAUCAUGUACUGCAGUUUUUUGCCAAAAGCUUUUCCUCAUCACCUUUGAAUCUCACUAGAGAGAUAUACACAGGCUUAGCCAAAACGAUAGAAUCCAGUUUUAGCUCUCUGAAGAUUCAGCUUCACUCAGACAGCAUUGACAUAAACAGACCUGAGAUCAGUCGACUUCUAAAACAGAUUCGGCUGAUGAAUGAUUUUCAAAAAGAAGUUACAACAUUUUGGAUUCGUCAUCCUGAGAAAUACAUGGAGGAAAUAAUUGAGAGCACUUUCUCCUUGUUUGCAUGUCAUUCUGAGAGUGCUUCAUCUUCACCCAGAUCAGAAAAACUUCUGGAACCUUUGCAUCUCUUGGCACUACUAGAUAUUAAAGCCAUUUGGUUUAAAAAAUGGAUGCAUGGGCACUACAGCAGAACUGUGGUUCUCAGACUCCUUGAGAAGAAAUACAAAUCUUUUAUUGUCUUAAAUCUCCUGGAGUGCAUUCAGUAUAAAGAAUCCUGUGAAAAGCACAUUGAAGGAACAAAAGAGACAAAGGAGGCAAACAUAACGAAAACUGGUCAGAGAAGCGUCUACACAAAGGCAGAGCUAGAUUACGCCCUCUUUGUGCACUCCCUCUCCUUAUUGGGGAUGCUGCUGAUCUACAACAAUGGAAGAAGGCUUUUUCCAGUUAAAGUACACACACAUAAAGAUCCGGUCAGUCUGACAGAGCUGGUCGUCCUCCUCAUCAACAUCAUGUACCAACACCCAAAGGUGUAUCAUAGAGAUGUGUCACAUUCAGACUGGUUUUCCCCCAGUGGUCUGGUGAUGGAAGUGCUGUGGAGCUUGUGUGAAAGGACAGAGUGUGCUGCAGAUAGUCUGCACCAGGCUCCGGUGAUAGAGACCCUCUUGGCACCUGUUCUAGCUCUGCUCAGCGGCCACAAGACCCAAUUAAACCAUCCCUCAGUGACUCUCACUCUCAUCGCUGAUGUUUUGGCCCGGAUUGCCAAUACCAACAAGGGACUAGAUCUCUUUCUUCACCAGAAAAACGUUUUGAUAUCCCACAACGAGAGGACCUCUGUGGCCCAUAUCAUUGUUCAAUUCACUUUGAAGUUGCUGAGGAAGGAGCUCCCGCUGAGUGACCCAGAGCUGUCUGCUGUGUGUGGAGCGUUCAUAUUUGUGUGCAGACAGAUUUACAACACUUGCGAUGGUCUCCAGGUGCUGUGGCCGUACAGACUGCACACAGUACUGGCUACACAGUGGAAGAAGAUUAGAGAGGGGCUCCCAGCAGCAGCACCAGCAACGACCCAAAGACUGACCGGCACAUCUGAAAACACAUACAAGCUCGUGUGGGAGGACUCCAUCCUGGACAGCCUGUUGAACUUUGCUGUGACCCCAAAAGGUUUAUUCCUCCUCCAGCAGAGCGGCGCCAUCAAUGAGUGUGUCGGAUACAUGUUUUCUCGCUUUACCAAAAAGCUACAGGUGAGUCGUUGUGAAAAGUUUGGUUACGGGGUGAUGGUGACACAGAUCGCAGCAACAGCCCCUGGAGUGGUGGCUCUAAAAAGCUCAGGUUUUAUUCAGGCUUUGGUUUUUGAGUUAUGGUCAGUCCUGGAAUGUGGAAACGAAGACAUACGAAUUGUUCACCCAAAACCAACCUCCAUGGAUCCUAUUGACCGAACCUGCCUUAAGUCAUUUCUCUCUUUGGUGAACCUGCUCUCCUCCUCCCAAUCUGUGUGGGAACUUCUCCGGCAUCAGCCUCUUCCCAACAAAGACGAAUACACGUUGAGAGAGACACCUUCCUCCAUCAUAGAUCUGAUAGACAGGCUGAUUGCUGUGAAUUCAGAUGCCAAGAUACACUCGCUGUUCCACUUUGAGCAAUCUAACACGUUUGGCCUGAGGUGA